AUGCGCUUUGAAACAUAUAAUAGUGAGGUACAUACUAAAGAUAAACCUUACAAAUGCGGAACGUGUGGCAAGACAUUUCAGUGCAAACAGGAUUUACUUCGUCAUUUGAUAAUUCAUACAGGUGAAAAACCUUAUAAAUGCGAAUUUUGUGAAAAAGGAUUUACUCGGAAAUCAUAUCUAAACAGACACAAGAGGGAAAUGCAUUUCAGAGAACAUAACGAUUGUAACGUUUGUGAGAAUGGUUUCGAUAAUGAACAGGAUAUAAUUAAUUAUUUAGUCACCAAGCAAUCUGACAUCGAAGAAAGACCUUAUAAAUGUCGCAUGAGUGAUACCGUAGUAAAGGACUAACCGCGA